GUUGGCGCGCGCGGAGCGGAGAGCUGUGCGAUGGGAGAGCGGGGCGAGAGGAAGACAAGCAGCGGGGAGACGCGGCCACCGAGCAGAGCUGAGAAAGCAUGAACAUUGCCAAACGGAUAGAAACAAUCAGAGCAUUGCGUUUCCGAAGGCCAGUGAAAAAGGGCAAGCAUGUGCAGCUCUGUGAGUCCUAAACAGCAUCCGUUUGGGCCAGGCCUCACUGACCUGCAGCAGUACAGUCUGUGGCUGGCCAGCAGACACGAAGCCAGCCUACUGCCGAUGAAGGAGGACCUGGCUCUCUGGCUUACCAGCAUGCUGGGUGUUGAAAUCACAGCAGAGAGUUUCAUGGACAGGUUAGAUAAUGGCUUCCUGUUGUGUCAGCUGGCUGAGACGCUGCAGGAGAAAUUUAGGCAGAACAGUGGAGAACUGCUGUCACCACCUGGCAAGCCAAUCCCUAAUCGGAGGAUCCCUUGUAGGGCAAGUGCCCCGUCUGGCUCUUUUUUUGCCCGAGACAACACAGCCAACUUCCUGUCAUGGUGUCGAGAGGUGGGCAUUGGGGAGACCUGCUUGUUUGAAUCUGAAGGACUGGUCUUGCACAAACAGCCACGUGAGGUCUGCCUGUGUCUGCUGGAACUGGGGAGGAUAGCGGCUAGGUAUAAAGUCGAACCACCUGGGUUAAUUAAACUGGAGAAUGAGAUUGAACAGGAAGAGAAAGCCCCUGAGCCUCCCUCCUCCCCCGUCUCUCCCGCUCAGGGCUCUUCCUUUAACAAAAGCUCCUCCUGCAGGAAAAGCACUGGCAAGCUCCUGGAUGAUGCCGUAAGGCACAUUUCUGAGGAUCCUCCCUGUAAGUGCCCUAAUAAGUUCUGUGUCGAGCGUCAGUCACAGGGUCGCUAUCGUGUUGGAGAGAAGAUACUCUUCAUUCGGAUGCUGCACAAUAAACACGUGAUGGUGCGAGUAGGUGGUGGCUGGGAGACUUUUGAGAGUUACCUGCUGAAGCAUGACCCCUGCCGUAUGCUGCAGAUUUCUAGAGUGGAAGGCAAAGUGUCCCCAAUCUCCAUCAAGUCCCCUAGCAUCAAGGACCUAACUCCGGACAGCUACCUGGUGGUGGCGGCCCACUACAGGAGUAAGAAGUAAUAAAGGUCAGUGACAGAUGAGGAAUAUGAGGAAUGAAAAUUAGACCUUGAAGUCAAGCUCAUUUCACUUAUGUAAGGCACUAACAUGUACAGUAAAGCUGUUAGCUGGCAUUAAUCCCCUCUAGCAUCCAUCAUGCGAGGCUUGAGCCGUUGGGAUCCGGUCAUUUUUAUUAUCCUGAUGCAAAAAUACAGGGUAAAAUAUGCCCUGGUCGAAGCCAAUGGCAAUCUCGAACUUUUAUUUCUGAGCUUUUUUUUUUUUGCAAAUUGUUAUCAGUACAUAGACUGCUUGUAUUAUUUUAGCUAAUUUAGCUCAUUUGACACUCUGUCUGAACAGUACAGCAGGGCUGAAACACAGACUGUUGGUUUUAGGGGAGAAGGACUGGAAAAAAACCACAAUAUUUUUAUUUGUAUAUUAUUUUUGGCAUCUCAGAAUGCAACUUGAUGAAUCAAAGAUGAUCACUUAUAGCCUGGAAUUGCAGUUGAUAUAUGUAGUGUAGAUUAUGAUGGGGGGUUUUUUCUACUUCUUUAACUUUCAUUAGCUGGGAUUUCUGCAUAACUUGCUUAAAGCUGACUGAUGUAUUUACAUUUUUUUUCCCUUGCAAAAUGACAUUGUUGUAACUUCUUAAUGUAUAUAUUUGCGGUAUUAUAUCAUACCUCAAAAUUAAAGCAAUGUUGUUUUCUUGAGAAUUUGUCCACUUUGUAGAAAAUUAUUUUUCAAAGCUUUUUAAACACACUUUUAGAUGAUGGCUUUUUGUAUUGUAAGAACAUACACUCUAAAAAAUAAAGGCGCUUCAGUGGUUCUUCAAAUCUCUGGAUGGUUCCAUAGAGAGUCAAAACUCUGUGAUGAGCCAUUACAUUAUGCAAAAGGUUCUUCACAUUGGAAAUGGUUCUUCAGAGCCUGGCAUUCUCUUACCAUUUGCUGGUCAAUGCACAUAGGCUAUGUUUACACAAAUCUGUCUUCACUGCUCAAACAAAUGGGUUAAAUGGUUCUUUAAAGAACUGUUGCAUGAACGGUUCUUUGAAGCCCUGAAAAAGGUUCUUCUAUGGCAUCGCCCUGAAGAACCGGUACUGGCCCCAUUAUUUUUUAGAGUGUAUUUAAUGUAAACGUAAUCACCUUUCCUCUAUGCAAGACCAAUCAAACAUGUGAGCUGUUGAUAGAAUUUGAUGUGUCUGGAGUAAAAUAAAUCAGCAAGCAUUUGUGUUUUUUUAUCCAUUAAAAUAAAGCAACUGAUGUUUGUAGAA